GUUUCGCGCACAAAGACUGUGACGAGAAUGGGUCGUGGUUUCGGCAUUGGAGCUCCAACAAACCAUGGUCUAAUUACACCAACUGCGUGGACUUGGACUCUGGGAAGAAACAGUGAUCCUAAUCUACAAAGCAGGCUACAUGGUGUCUCUGGUAGCACUCUUACUGUCCAUUGGAAUUCUUCUUUACUUCAAGACUCUUCGCUGUGCGCGCACUACUUUGCAUAUGAACCUGUUUUCCUCGUUCGCCGCCAACAAUCUGCUGUGGCUCUUGUGGUACGGCCUCGUUGUAGCACGUCCGGACGUCAUUGCUGACAAUGGGGCGGGCUGUCAGCUGCUGGACGUAGUGCUGCACUACUUCCUGGUGAGCAACUACUGCUGGAUGCUCUGUGAAGGGCUGUACCUGCACACGCUGCUGGUGGCGACGUUCGUGUCGGAGGGCCGGCUGCUGCGCGGCCUGUUCGCCCUCGGCUGGGGGCUGCCGGCGCCCGCCGUCAUCGUCUACGCCGCCAAGCGCGCCAGCGACCCCGAUCCCGCCGAGUCCGGCAAUUGCUGGAUCAGCGAGAGCAAGUACCGCAUCGCGCUCAACAUCCCAGUGUGCGCCGCCAUCUUCCUCAACGUCAUCUUCAUGAUCAACAUCGUGCGAGUGGUGGUGCGCAAGCUGCUGGCCGGCCCGCGGGUCGGCUCGGCGCGGCCCUCCAGCACGAUGCUACAGGCUCUUCGAGCAACUUUACUGCUUGUUCCUUUACUGGGCCUCCAAUACAUGCUCACACCAUUCAAACCUCACGAAGACCAUGAAUACUUCCGGGUCUAUGAGGUCACAUUGGCAGUAACAGCAUCCUUCCAAGGACUGUGUGUUGCCACAUUAUUUUGCUUCUGCAACGGAGAGGUAAUUCAACAAAUAAAACGAAGAUGGCAGCACCUAAUGUUUAGACCUCGUGCUAAUUCAUGCACAGCCACCACGGUCUCGUUUGUACGAUCUACAAACGGCCCUCUAGCUGGUGAAGACAAUGUAUGAGCUGUCAACAGAGAAAAAUAAAAGAAGAACUUGUGAUAGUGAAUAAUUGUCACUGUGCCAAAACAUUUUGAAACUGUGCACCUGGCAGUUGCAAUGUACAAAACAACAUACUGUUACUUCCUGUCGAGAUACACAACCCUCUUAUACCAAAGAAAUUAAGUGAAAGUAUUUUGUUCAAGGGUUUCAUGUUGUGCUUAUGUGUCUUCUAAUGUGUGAAAGGAAGUGAAAUGUGAUUUGUAAUUUAUUGCCUCUAUUGUCACGAAGACGUUUACUCGCUUAUUGGGAACAAUCAAAUGUAUCACUGAAAACAAAUUGAAUAUUUCAAUUCCCAAGUAGUGAGAAAUGAAAAUAAUCUAAUAAAAAUGUGAUGUUGUAAAGAAAAAUAAUGAUAGUACAUAUUGUUAAAAGGUUGUAAUGCAAAAUGUUGCAACUAGUGUAUAUGAAAUAAAACAUUACUUUAAAAACCAGGUGCAAAAACA